CCGGCUGGUCCGGAAGAGGGAGAAGAGGAAGAAGGGGAAGAAGCGAGGGGAGAGGGAGCGUGGGGCUGUUCCCAAGACCAGGAAGAAGGACCCUGCGGCUGUCGCUGUUGCUCCUGCGGCGCCUGUCGUUGUUGCGGGUGGUGGGGAUCUGCCGGACCUGCCGUACUCGUCAAUGUACGACAGGAUCAAGAGGAGGAAGCCUCGGCAGGGGUGAAUGGGAGGAUCUCUGGGGGUUGCUGGCUUCUUUGGCAGUGGAUUGGUGAAGGGGAGUGCUUUACGGGUUCGAAUUCAAUGCUGAGGAGGUGCCAAAUGGCCGGCAGUGAAUGAGCAGAUUCGCUCUGCCUACAUAUACGACUUUCUCACUGAUUAUACCUUCCGAUAUACACCACCCGACAAGAUGAGCUCCUCAGCCUCCUCUCCCCGCGAAAAGGGCAAAAACCCAGCCCACGAACCACUCCUGGAGAACAAAGACCUGGAAAAGGCUCUCGAGAGCGUCGCAAACCGGCCCGUCACGCCAAACAUCGACAACAACUUCCUCAAGCACGUUCUCAGCGACGCCAACCGAUCCCUCCAAGCCUACCGGGCCAAAGUGGCAGAACUUCAAAACAGAAUCGGCGAUUUGCAGACGGAUGUUGGCGUUGGGCAGCUCCGACAAGGCCAGCUUCAGCGAGAUGUCAAGCACUGGCAAACGAAAUACGGCGAGCUGUACCAGACGCAAAUUGCUGGACAGCAGCAGAUUAUCAAUCUGCAUACUUCUUACACGGAGAAGCUGUGGACGCUUACUGAUCACGCCAAAUGCUUGGAGGACAUGUUGAAACAAGCGAGGAAGUUGCCGGAGAUUGAGGCGAGGCUGCAGCAGGAUGGGAGGUUUGUGGAUGCUGUGGCGCGGUAUGAGGAGUUCAAGCGCGAACAUGACGAGUUUCUCUCGGGAUUUACGGCUCGUAACCGGGGUGCGCGUGGGAGGACAUGAGGUGGCUGGCUGGGAUGUGGUGUCUGGUUUGCUGAGCUGGCUGGAGUAGCACAAGUAUCACGUUGCUGCUGCACGUCUAUAGCUGUUUGCUAAGUUUGCUCCGCAGUUGGGGGUAUCAACCGGAUCCUCUCUGUACCAGAGCCGUGGGAUGAGCAGUGAGUAUAGAAGAGGGAUCGU